UGCGAGAAAACAGUAGCGCCAGAAGAAGCUGUACGGUUACCUUGUGUUACCUGUGUCAGUUACUACUGCCUUGUCAUGCCUGGUGGUCUCAGUCUAUUCACUCGCGCCGCCGCAGAUCACGCUGCUUUGUAGUAAUUUUUUAUGGUUCAGUGCAACGUUUGCUGAAUGACUCGAAAGUUCGUGAGAAAGAGAGGAUUACGGAUAGACUGAAGUUUUAUUAAAGAUACGCAUCUUCAAUUACUCAUAUUAUAGAAGAAAAUUUUUAAACAGAAGUCCAUAAGUGCUGUUUUGAAAGCAUUUCUGUGUAUAACGAAGGUGAAGUAAAAAAAAUAAAAUUAUCGUAAUAUAGUGUUUUCAAGACACUACUGGAAGAACAAGCAGGACUCUACAUAACUCUAUCAAGCUGAAGUGCGGGUGCGUUGGCGACUCUCGAUCCAAGAUGGUUCUGGACACAAAGUUUAGAAUGCGUUCUCCCGACCGUGAGAGUCAGAACGGACAGGCCAGGCUGGCCGUCAUCGGCAGUAAGGCAGUCGGAAAAACAGCUCUCACUGUGCGAUACUUGACCAAGAGAUUCAUCGGAGAAUAUCAGUCCGACACAGAUAUGAUGUACAAAGCCACGAUGGCGGUGGACGGCUCCAAGAUAAUGCUGGAGAUACUUGACCUGUCGUCGAAUCUGGACGAGGUGGUCGUGCCUCGCGAGACGGUGACGUGGGCGGAGGCGUGGCUGGUGGUGUACUCGAUCACGUCGUGGGAAACGUUCCGAGUGGCGGUGCGGGCGGUGGAGGCGGUGGCGGCGGCGUGCGGCGGCGACCAGCCCAAUCCGCCGGUGCUCAUCAUGGCCAACAAGAAGGACCUGGAACAUAUCAGACAGGUUCCAGAGAGCGAAGGCAGGAAGCUGGCAGAGCAAUAUGGUUGUCGGUUCGUCGAAGUUUCAGCGGCUGAGAUGGUGUCUCAGGUCAACGACUCGAUCGACGGCCUCUUGCGCCAAGUGUCUCAACUGAAGGGCCAGACGUCCCCAAGGCUCCGUAAACUCAGCGUUUCGAAGAUGUUUAAUCAGCUAAUGAACCGCACGAGCUCGGGAGGGAGUCACCAAGAGCACCGCGCGGUCAUGCCCCGAGUCUCGAUCAGAGACCGAGCUCGGAAGAGAGGUCACAUCCGCCAGAGUUGAAGGGGAAGGGAGGCGGCGGAGAGCCGGAUUGGAGGAGAUAUGGAAAGUGGACAAGAUGUUGUGGUGGCGAAAGUCGCACUGCUGGAUCAGCGGCAGGCGGUGAAGUGAAGCUGUUUGUGGUGUCAGUGACCUGCCAUUUGAUUUGCUUCCAUGGCUGCCUUGACCUAACGAUGACUUGGCGAACGAGAGGGGGAAGGUUACACUGAACAGCAGGUUCAAGUGUUAAACAUUUCUAAAAUGGCUGGCACUGACAUUUCUGUUUCUUUUUUAAGCGGAAAAUGUUCCCAGAAAAUAAGUAAGCGUAUACUUCAGUACAUUGGAUCUGAAAAGAGAGAUCGCACAAAAAUCGAGAUUGUGGUCUUAAUGUACCUGUUUUACUGAUUUAUUCGUAUGCAGAAAAACUGAGUCAAGUUUCUGCCAUGGCAAAUGCUUGUAGCAGCCGCCGGUAAUGAAGUAUUUAGAUUAUAGUUUUAUUUCAAAUGGCUCAUAUCUCACGGCUGAUGAUAUUCGGUCUUUUCUUAUGAAUCUGAUAUAUGAAACGGAAGCAAAUAAUCGAACAGGUUUAUCUAAAAUGUGUAACAGUAAAUAUUUUGUUACUGUUUUUAGAGAGAAGGCUGGGCCUCCAGUGUUUAGCUCCUGGGAUAUCGCUAUGCCAGAGCACGAAUGGCCACACAAAUACUUGGUGCAUCCGUACAUAUAAACAGAGAAGUAGCUUGUUUUGCGUAUGAUUUGCGAAUCAACGUUUUCUGCUUAACUUGCAAAAUUGACAUAGAUUCAUGACUGUCCAUGGAGGUUUUGUCACCAUUAAGUGAAAUGGAGUUCGCUUGUUAAAUUACUUUUUGACGACUCUCGACUAAUGAGAAACCCCAUGAAAUCCAUCUCCUCGACUGUACUGCAUAUAGUUUUAUGUCCAUUUGGUUAUACAUUUUAUCAACUUAUGUAAUAUAUAUAUGUGUGUGUGUGUUAAGAGAGAAAGAGGGGGAGAGGGAGAGAGAGAUAGAUAGAUAGAGAGAGAGAGAGAGAGAGAGAGAGAGAGAGAGAGAGAGAGAGAGAGAGAGAGAGAGAGACACACACACACACAUUUUUUCUUUUCUCUUUUUUUCUUUUUUUAUUAGCUUUCGCAUACCUCUGAAAGGGUUCAAUCUGAACCCCACGGAGAUUGAUUUGUUUUUCUCCAAGUAUUUGAGAGCAUUUUGAUUCACUCUAUAGCAGAAAACUUUCAUAUUUCAGUAAUGUUAAGGAAGAAAUUCCUUUUUUUUAAUACUUCAAAAGAAUACCGUAAAUCUGCUAUGACAUUCUUUGGCGUGUUUCCGCGAUGUUGUGAACCGGUUGGCGUUGUGAUGGCGAGACAUUGCCCAGCGACAGUAAGCUAAAUGGACAUCCGGGCUCGCAUCUGCAGGACUUAAGUUGCUACGGCCUCUCCAGAUGCAGGCUGAGGGAGCGGGACUUCCUCGGCAAACAGAAUAAUCUCCUUGUGAUUAUUUUUAUUUUUCUCUCCUUUCAGAAUACAACUUGACCGUGCAUUCUCAUUUUGCAUUUCAUUUUGCAGCAGGUUAUUAUUUGUCUGAUUUUAAACAUAUCAUUUGCGCGAGGAUAUGCUAUAACCGUAUUUUCUUUUUAAUAUUUCCUCUUUUUCACCUAGAUGUGUCUUUGAAUGUUGAAGAGUGAAUGUUCACGGCGGACCACGGUGAUGGACCCUGAUUUUUUUCUAGAUUAUAUAAUUUUCUCCAAUUCGUGGGUUUCCUGUCGUUCAAAAACAGUCCUCUUAAUUGUUGGAGUUGAGUCUUUCACACACGUAAUUUUGUUUGAUUUUCUCCGGUAAUUUUAUUACAAGUUUAAGUUAUUCAUUAUGAUGUUUCAUCAUUUUGAUUGUUAUUCCUGGUCAUCACCAGCUUGUGAGUGAUAUACAUAUAUAUAUAUA